AUUCACAACUUAACUGCAGGAACACGCUCCAGCUUCAAUCAGUUGACGGGAAACGCUUGGACCGUCAGUGUCUCAUCUGCACUCUGCUCUUCUAUCUAAAUGCAGUAUCAUUCUUGCUACAUUUAAGCAAUUCGACGGAAAACUGAGCCUGAUAGUAAGUUUGUGAAUUCAAGUUGACAUCAAUUCGUCGCCUACGCAUAAAUAAGUUUGAUACCAUUUGUGUGCAAACUAUCUCACUGUUUGUUUGCCGUUGAUUGAUACGGCGAGUGACCCCAUAUCAACAAAAAAAGUGUAAAAGUGAUUACAUGAGACAAAUUACACUUGUUUAAAUAUGAAUCUCAUUUGGACACAAGUCAAAUAAUUAUGUCGUGACGUGACACGACAGUUUAUUCAGUGUAAGUUCAAACUGUUAAGUAAAUUAACAAAGUAAUGGUGAUUUUUUUUACGGAAAAGAGUAAAUUUCUGAACUUGUGUGCCCUUCGUGUUGCUUCUUGUUGACCUUUGGUGUCUUUUGAACUGGAUGAGUUUUAAUUGCCCGCAUGCACGGUAAUGCAUCUGUGUCCAUAAAAUCUUAGAGUUGGAGACGCGUUUGUUUAGGUGAAACUUUUAUUGUCUGGUUUUCUUGUGGUGGGGACUGGAUGGGUGUGUGUGUGUGUGUGUAUUUUAUGCAUUUCGUGGUUCGUAAUGUGGACAAAUGUUUAUUUAUGGAGGAAUUUUAUUGAUUCCAUGCACAAAUCGAAACCUCAGCCGUAAAACGUGUCGAAUGACUUGGCCACGGAAGUUUUAUUGAAGAUGAUGGUUCAAACAAGGGACGGAUUGACAGUGGUGCUUCUAGCGAUAACUUGCUGGACAUCGCACAUUUACGCGCAGGCUUCAACCCAUCGAGGACCACCGAAGAUAUUGGGCCGAGACUUCAAACCACUUCAGGUUGUCCGGACGGGACAAGAGUUUCGAGUGGCGUGUCCCAUCGAGGGGGACCCUUCGCCAAAUGUGGACUGGUUUAAGGAUGGAGAACCAAUCACCUCAGCAUGGUCUGGUUUCCGAGUUAAUUCUAAAGCUCUUCGAAUCCGCUCUGUUUUGACGAAAGAUUCGGGAAUUUACGAAUGCAAAGGGGUCAACGGAUUUGGCUCCAUAAUCGCCAGGACACGGCUCGUUGUCGCCGACGAUUCUCUCGAGCAUGGCGAGUUUGACGGGGAUGAUUCCGCCUCCAUGGAACGAGGGCACAGUUCCGGACCUCUUUUUACUCCAGAGUCGUUGGAGCAAUCCGGCUCGUUGCAUAUCUCGUCUGGAAACAGCAUCCGGUUCAAGUGCGACACGAAGGGGGUGCCAAUUGCCAAAGUGAUGUGGUAUAAAGAUGGGAAAGCGGUGAGCGACAAGGUGUCCAAGUGGACUUCGUGGACUCUUGUGCUAAGCAAAUUGACAUCGGAAGAUUCUGGGAGUUACACGUGCCGGGCGUCAAACGCCUUUGGGAAAAACGAGUUCAACAUUCAACUCGAAAUAACAGAAAUGAUGGAGCGAAGGAAACCUACUUUUGUCUCCGGCUAUCCAAACAACGCCACAGUUUUGUCCGGAGGUGAAGCAAUUUUGGAGUGCGCCGUCCGCGGAGGAACCACCGCCCUGCCGCCGCACAUCAAGUGGUUAAAGCGCAUCCCAUACCAUGAGGUCAUAAAUGGAAACUCCGUCAAGAACAAGCAUCUCAUACCUGUGGAGAAUCAGCACGUUUUAGUUAUUCAGGAUUCCGAGGAGGACGGCGUUCGAGUCAACGAGACCCAAAUAAACGGCACAUACAUUAGCAGAUUACUAUUCAAGCAAGCAGUUUCUGGCGUGCAUGAAGGCGUCUACGUUUGUUUAGCUACCAACAGCGUCGGCUACACUUUUAAGGAUGCCCACUUGACAAUUUUAGCAGGUGCAGAAAUUGUACAAAACUCCUCAUCCGGAAUUCCCUUCCCUUUGAUCGUCUUCCUCCUCUCCACCGCACUCUCGCUCCUAGUCACCGGUUCCGCCUGUUGUUUAAGAAAUUACCAGAAAACGCAGCAAAAACAGUCACAAACUCUCUCAAGUGCCCGAAAGCUGUCUUCCCAGUCAGUCUCCGUGGGCUCGAGCAGCGCGUCCUCCUCGUACCAAAAAAGCUGUUCGAGAGCGGCAGCGGAUCAUCGACAGCUCCUCGUCGUCCCCACGAUGCGGGCAGGAGUGCAUUCGGGGCUUGGAAGCGUCAUGUGUCAUGGCCACGAUUUGACGGAGCCAGUCAUCGAAAUCGCUUUAUCGAGGUGUUCCUACUGCGGGGAUGACGGAUCGUCGGAAAUAUCCGGGAUGCGGACGUAUGAACAUUGUUACAAUGGCAGCUACCUCAGCUCCACGAGUCAUUCCAUGCAUUGUGGACAUUGGACAUGAUGCGACAUUGUGGAAAAAAGAGUCUUCUAAUCUAAUUUUGUAUAUUAACUUGUAUACGUUGCAAAUAAAAUCGUGUAAUAAAUAAAAUAGAAAUUGUUUACAAAAAAAC